AAGUUAGGAGUUGUAAUUAUAGAGUGUAUUUUAUUAGGUUCUAGGUCCUUCUUUUUAUUUAUUCCAGUAAUUUUCUAGUUAGAUAGAUUUUUAAAGAGAUUACUUCGCAAUGAUAGAAAAAAAACAAAAAGAUUUAGUCCUUCUAGACUUAAGCGGUGGAUUAAUGUUUAUAGUCUUUUCUGGGGUUUGAAUCUUUGACUUUAGCUUUCUUACAAUUAAGGUUUCUCCUUCUCGUAAUUGAUCCUAGAGUAUAUAAAUUAGGAAGUCUGCUUUCUCUUAGUCCUGUAUCUUUAAGCUUUCAUAAUUAGGAAAAAAAAAAAAAAAAAGAGAGAAGGGGUAGCGAUGAGUGAUGAAUUGUGGAACGCCAUACAACAUAUGGAUUUAGGUCGUGAGGAGCCUGAACUUUAUAUCCCAUAUCAUGCUUAUGUUGGAGCGUUGGCUUCUAACAGAUUAAGUCUCCUUGGAAGAAUUCUAAAUCCUCAAACUCAAAGCGUUGAAAGAGCUAUCUUGGAGCUACCUUAUCAGUGGGGACUUGGAACUCAGGUACAUGGACGCAUCCUUGACGACAGAUGUUUUCAAGUUCGUUUUCGCUCGGAGAUAGAUCUACUUAAUGGGCUAAGAAGAGCGCCUUGGGUUUUUAAUGAAUGGUUUAUUGCACUUCAGAGAUGGGAAGACUUUCCUACAGAGGAUUUCCUUACCUUUAUAGAUGUUUGGGUUCAUAUUAGAGGAAUUCCUUUACCAUAUGUGUCAGAAAGGACAGUUGAGAUCAUUGCUAGUACUUUAGGAGAGGUUGUGGCUAUGGAUUUCAAUGAAGAAACUACAUCGCAGAUAACCUUUAUUCGUGUUAAGGUUAGAAUGGAUUUCACUGAGCCACUACGUUUCUUUCGAAGAGUACGGUUUGCAUCUAGAGAAAGAGCCAUGAUUGGCUUUGAGUAUGAGAAGCUUCAGCGAGUUUGCACCAACUGCUGUCGAGUGAAUCAUCAAGUCAGUCAUUGCCCGUAUGUUGUGCAUCAGGAGGAGAUGGAUAAUGAACCAGAUGUUUUGGUCUCUCCAGAGAGGUAUGAUGAUGAAGACAGUCUCAAUCAAGAAGAUCACGGGAGACACUCACAAAGUUCUGUUAUCUCAUCGUUUUCAUCCUUAACUCCAAUAUCACUGAAUGCGCCUCCUGUUGUAAACUGGAAUGAUAACAUGAUAGGCAACAUACCUCAUAGAUUCCCAUCAACUUCAGUCUCAUCUUCUCACACUGUUUCAGAUGGUUACCUUGCAGCUUCGGAAUGGAGACCUAAAGAUCAAGUUAGCUAUGAGGUUGGUGAGAGUUCAAAGAGAAAGAAAGGGAAGCAAGUAUUAGAAGUGCCUGAACGCAGCAUCCGACAGAGACGAAUGGGAUCCGGGAUAAGGUUUUACCCGGUGAAUGGUGAAAAUCCUUAAACUCUAACAUGAAGGUUAAUAAGAGAGUAGUAUCGAGUUUCUACUCUAAGGACACUUCUUUUGAGAAUCAAGUUUCAGUUUGGUACCUUAGGUAAUAAUGAUCCACUUUGAACAAUAGGGUGGAGUGUGACAUAAUUUUUUGAAGAACACUGAUAGUAAGAAGCUGACAAAGGAAGAUGUGGACAACAUCUUUUGAUCUUCCUUGAUUACUUUUUGGAUCUUGUAGUACUAAUAAUCUACUGGAAGAAAGGCUGGGUUUUGAAGAUUCUGGAAUCAAGAAAUGAAGAUGAACUGCGGACAAAUCAGUUUAUGUCUGAAGACUAAGACACAUCCUUAAUUUCAUUAGUUAUUAGUAGGUACAACUGAUGUAAUAUGAAGUUUUUAAGGUUGCAGUUUGUUUGUACUAAAUACUCUGUUUCUCCAAAAUGGUUCUCUAUUAUUGGAAGACGCUGCUAAUGUUAUAUAUAAUAUGGUUAUGUUGG